GAUUUUAUUAUAUUUAUUUUUUCAAUGCAGAUAAUUUUAACUCAUGAACAUGCUGAUGCAGUUCUUGGUCUGGAUGAUAUACGUGCGGUACAACCAUUUAGUCCUAUGAAUGACAUUGAUCCUACUCCAAUUUACCUUACUCAGUUUUCUAUGGGCAGUGUUGCAGUAAAAUUCCCAUACUUGGUCCAGAAAAAACUUAAAGAAGGCCAAGAAAUUAGGCGGGUUGCGCAGCUUGACUGGAAAAUAAUUGAGGGUGACUGUGACAAGCCAUUUGUUGCCUCAGGCCUACAGUUUGUUCCUUUGCCAGUGAUGCAUGGAGAAGAUUAUGUUUCCUUGGGUUUUCUUUUUGGUGAAAAAUAUAGAGUAGCAUAUAUAUCUGAUGUUUCACGUUUUCCUCCAAGUACUGAAUACGUUAUUUCAAAGUCUGGAGCUGGACAGCUGGAUCUUCUUAUCCUGGAUACUAAUACUCUAUACAAGAAAGUAUCACGCAGCGUGCACUUUUGUUUGCCUCAGACUCUCGAUGCAGUAAAGAGGAUAUGCCCAAAACGGGCUCUAUUAGUUGGAAUGUCCCAUGAAUUUGAUCACCAAAAAGACAAUGAAGCCCUUAUGGAGUGGUCUAGAAGAGAAGGAAUCCUUGUUCAGCUUGCUCAAGAUGGCCUAAGGAUCCCGAUAGAACUGUAAUGAAGUAAGUUUAUCGUACUCCAAAUUAUCAUAUUAUCUUGCUCUUUGUUAGAAGGCUGUAUUUUUCUAAAGGAGUUGGAAUUUCAAUUGAAAGAACUUUAAUUCCAGAAAUGUUGAUGUAAUUAUAAUAUUCACAUUUAAGAUCCCAUGUAGAAUGAUUUGAAUUGACCUUAUUUUCAUGUCAAGAUAUUAUUUUACCAGGUUAUUGAUAAUUAUUGUCA